AUGUUUUCGAAUAUCCUGGAGCUCUUCCGCGGUAACUCUAGUAGUUCUCGUCAGCGGCAACAGCCAUGUCUAUGGAUGGAUACCAAUUCUGGCCUCUCGGGCAGCGACACACGAACUCUGGGUGGAAUUUCCAGGCCGGCAAUCAAGACAUAACGACGAGGUAGGCAACAAAGAGUCACUUUUCGAAUAUCGUCAUAACACAAUUGAUCUACCGCCUUCUAUAUUGGUGGAAAAUGGCAAAUAGGUUGAAAAUUAAGUCGGUCAAAUAUCCAGGAAAGGUACGAACCAGUCAUACUCUCGAAAGGCCGUGUGGUGUGAAAUGGUGAUGGCCCACCACCGUCUUUGAACAACUCCGAAAACCACACCCGAG